AUGGGAGACUCCACCAAACUUGGGUCCGAACCCAGAGAAGAUGAUCUAGGAACAGAAAAGGAUAAAUCCCUGGAGGAUUCGCUGACAGUUGCCAGAGACGUAGAAGUCAAGGACAGUGAUGGUGCGACGCCGAAGAGAACUCUAGUGGAAACGACAGUGGGAGAAGAUAAGGAUACUGUUUCGAGUGGAGAAUCUGCUGCAGAUGACACUGAGGAAUCAAAUGAAUCAAAGACGCCUGCCUUGGGCGGUGGAAAUGUAGAGAAGAAACAGGAAUCUGAGCCUUUAUCCGUAUCGAGUGAACCGAAACAGGUUGAGUCUGAGGAGAACGGGACUAAAGUAGAUGAACCGAAACAAGACGAGCCAAAAGUACAUGAACCUAACCUGACAGAGACUGUGCGGUCAGAGGAAACCCAAGAAGUUAAGCAAAAUACGGUGGAUUCUGACCCCAAUGUAGCUCAGUCUGAGGGAAAUGAACCAACUCUGGUAAUAGAUUCACGGAAAGAAGAACUGGCUAUUGUGCAGCCAGCAGAGAAUAAACCCCAAGAGAAAGGCUUGGAAAUACUGGCAGAAGCAGGACCAGGGCCAAAGAUUGAAUCAGCUCCAGAUGUGGACGCCGGCGAAGCUCUAACCGCUCACGUACCAACUACAACAGCGCAGAUACCAGAUUCGAAGCCAGUAGCCCUGAAUCCUAUUGAGCCCGAAUAUAUACCAAUUGCGAACCCUUACAUCCCCCCGCAGGACCGUCGGUUGUCCCCAGAGACUGUGCUGCUUUUAAACAAACCCCAUUUAUCUAUAAACACCACAUCUCCGGUAGAUCUCUUCCUUUUUAAAGUCAUUGCUAUGAUACUCAAAUCCAAAGACUUUGAAUUCAGUGAGGAAUUCAUAUGGAGAUUGAAGGAUUUGACUUCGAUUUACUUCUUCGAUUUAAGUAAACAAUUGCAUCAGUUCACGGAAAUGCAGCGGAAGAGCAAACCUUCUAAAAGUGAUAUAGACCUUUUAUUGAAAAUGAGAAGGAUAAAGCCACUGCACUUGUUUGAAGAGUAUGAAAAGCUGAGGGGCUUUACGUACAUGAAAGACAUCAAGACUCUCGACAAACUCACCAAUGACUCCAUAAACCCAGAAAAAGAAGUAGAAUACACUAACGACGAUCCUUCUUUACUUUUCUUCACCAACGAGCAUUAUGAAAUAACGGAAUUGGUCCCAAAGAAAAGUGGAAAGCCAAAAUAUGUCCCUCAUUUCUUGCCUGACCUUCCACCUGAUUAUACUUAUCAAAAGACUCCUAUUUUCAUGGAUAGAUUGACGGAUUUGAAAGAGUUGAGAUUGAAAAUGGUGGAAGAAAGCAGAUUGACCGAGAAAUCAUUGUAUAAAUUGAUUGAUGAUGAUGAAAUUAAGUGGAAAGAUAAGUUUGAAAAGGAGUUGGAUGAUUUAGAUGAGGAGCGUAGCGAUGGUGAGGACAGCGUUAUGAGUGACAGACCAGAAAAGCAUACAGACGUCGAAAGCGUAGAUUUAAAUGAAGAAAAGGGUAAUGCAGCUGAAAAAGAAGACGAUUCUUCAAAACCGAUAUUGAGUGCUGAAUCGCAGAAGAAAUUUGAUAUUGUAGCGUAUGCACAGAAGAGGUUGAAAUUGCGAGAGGAGAAAGAAAAGAAGGUCUUUGCUACUGAAAAGUUACGUGAAUCAAACAUUUACUUGCAAGCUGAAACGUACUUCUCACCGUAUGCCACUCAUCUGAAGACUCCUGAAAUUCUGGCCAUCUACGAAAAUAUCGUUGAUGAAUCUUUUAAAAAGGUGAUCUUGUCCGUGAGAACAGCUGAGAAGAAUAAAAAGCGGAAGAUUGAAUUUCUUAUCAAAGAAAGAGAAGCUAAAGAAAAGGAACGAGAAAAAGCUAGAGAGAACGUUGAAUUUGGAUUUAGCUUUGGUGAGGGAAGAAGGGACGAUAGGUUGGAAGAUUCUGAUGAAGAUGAUGACGAUAAAAGUGAUGGAGGGUUUGGCACUGGGGACUUUCCAGAAUUUGACUUCCCUGUACUGCAGCCUCCACAAACGGAACCAGUGGCUACUCUGGAUCAGUCUCAAGCGGAGGCGACUGAAGAGCAAGCUGCUACAAAGGCUGUUCAACCAACAGAGCUUCCAAAUGAAACCGACGCAUCUAAGACCAAAGCAACAGAAGUGGAUAUCAAGACCGAAAGCAUCGAGCCCUCGUCAGUAAUAACAGGAGGCGAACCAUCAGAAGUUGCAAAUACGUCUUCAGGUGUUGAAAUAUCAGAAGCUACAGCUUCACAUCCUAAUACGCUGAGCCUGGAUAAUUCUCAACAACAGGAAGCAGAAAAGGGGUACACAGCUGAAAGCACAGUCAAGAAGGAAACGACGGAGGAAUUCAAGGAGCAAGAAAAUCCAGCAGUUCUACCAGUUGCAGCACACUCAGCAGACCUUGCUUCCUCAGAUGACGAUGAAGAUAUGUUUGACGAAAUAACAAACGCCCUUGAAGAUGAAGGGGAAGUUAAAGAUGAUGCCGCAGCACCUGCACCUGCACUUGCACUUGCACCAUCUACUACACCACCCGCAGCUGCACCUGCACCAGUCAGUAGCUCAGACGAGGACGAUUUUGAAGAUAUAUAG